AUGCAAGAGCAGGAGCAGGAGCAGCCCCAAGUCAAGGUCCUCACCACCCCCGAACUCCUUGAGAUCAUUCUCCUCCACCUCGACAUUCGCACACUCCUCGUCUCGGCCCAGCGAGUAUGCCAAACCUGGAAAGUCCUCAUUCAGACCUCGCCUGCAAUCCAACAAGCACUCUUCUUCCGGUCGGCCACACCAAACCCUAACUCGAAAAAGGCAAAAUUGCAUGGGCAUGCAAAAUCAAUUUGGAACUCUCUCCUUUCAUCCCCCCGAAAAAGGACACAAUCUCAGGGCAAGGAAGUAUGA